AUGCAAGAAACGUGGCACAUAAACUGCGAUUGGGACGAAACUCUUCCUGAGCCAUUUGUCGAUAAAUGGGCAUUAUUUCGGCAAGAGUUGAACUCAGCAAAAACGUUGCUCUUCCCGAGGCGGAUUGUCUCCUUCGACAAACCACAUCGAUUGUUCAUACACGGAUUCUGCGACGCUUCUGAGGGAGCGUAUGGCGCUUGCCUGUACAUCCAGGCCGAAGACAAAAACGUAGCUCUCGCUGCAAGAUUGCUGUGCUCAAAAUCCCGAGUCGCACCGAUCAAGGCAACGUUGAUACCCAGAUUGGAAUUAUGCAGCGCAGUCUUGCUGGCGCGCUUAAUCGCCGGAAUUCAAAGGUGUCUGAGAGUAAGAAUCGACGGUAUACAAGCUUGGUCGGACUCUACAGUUGCACUUUGCUGGAUUCGCGGCGACGUAGGUCGUUGGAAAACAUUCGUCGCGAAUCGAGUGACGGAAAUCGUCCAAGCAUUUCCAGCAAAACAUUGGAAUCACGUCAGUGGCGAGGAAAAUCUAGCCGACCUUAUAUCUCGCGGGACGAGUCCACGCAAACUCGAGGAGUGCGAUCUGUGGUGGUCAGGGCCUUCGUGGCUCAAGGAAAAAUUCCCAGCACCGCAGAACGAUACUAAAGAGCCAUCCUACGACAUCAUCGAGAUAAUUGAGGCAGAAGAACGCAGAUCAGCUCCGACGUACAAUCUGGUUACCGAAGAACAUCAAACAAUUCAAGAAAUCCUGGACAAAUUUUCCUUGCUAACGAAAAUUGAGCGAGUAUUGGCGUAUUGUCUGAGAUUCAUCGCGAAUCUCAAGACGCAAGCCAGGGAGCGAGCUCUUAAACGACUAUCAGUGGUUGCAAGAUUCACAUCGACGCAUCGUCAAACACACUCAAGCAGCUCCAUUCGAAGCUGA